UUUGACGUUUGUCUCGAGUUAUGUCAUCUUGCGAAAAAGUUUGUUGUGAUUUGGCGUGUGAUUGUAAAAUAUGCGUUUUCCUCACAUAUCAUGUUUAGGACGAUGGCUAAAAGGGCAAAGACAAUUUUGUUCCACCGUGCGAGAGUUGACGACCUGCCGGGAGUUAACAGCCGAAAUGAAGCACGAGAUGGAACAGAAGUGGCAUAACAAGCUGGGUGAUUAUCGGUUCGACCCGGUCGAGGCUAACAAACCGAAGCGCUAUGUGCUGGCUAUGUUUCCUUACCCUUCCGGUAACCUGCACAUGGGCCACGUCCGCGUGUACACAAUCAGCGACGCAAUGGCCCGGUUUUACCGGCUUAACGGUGCUAACGUGCUGCAUCCGAUGGGUUGGGAUGCGUUCGGGCUGCCGGCGGAAAACGCCGCCAUACAGCGUCGCAUACCGGCAGACACGUGGACCCACCGGAAUAUAGCCGAAAUGCGCAAACAGCUCGAAAUGCUUGCGUUCAGUUUUGAUUGGGAGCGAGAAUUUGCCACCUGCCAGCCGGAAUACUAUCGCUGGACACAGCAACUGUUUUUGAUGCUGUUCAGCGAUGGGCUGGCGUAUCAACGGGAGGCGCUGGUAAAUUGGGAUCCGGUCGAUGAAACGGUGCUAGCAGACGAACAGGUCGACGAUAACGGUUGCUCCUGGCGGUCCGGUGCGAAGGUAGAGAAAAAGGUGCUGCGGCAAUGGUUCAUCCGAACGACGGCAUUUGCCAAACCACUGCUGGAGGGUUUAAAUGAUCCUGGGCUAGAAGAUUGGAAGGAUAUCAUAAAGCUGCAGCGUCACUGGAUCGGCGAGUGUGAGGGUUACGCGUUCGAGCUGCCGUUGGAUGGAAACCAUAAGGUGAAAACUGUUUCCGUGUGGACCCGUGACCCGGAAGAACUUAAAAAGAGCCUUUUCGUUGCUGUUCAUCCCGAUAAUCUCUUGAACAGUUUUAAACGCAACGAAUACGUGCUAGAAAAUGUCACCAUUAAGAAUCCUUUUACGAAAGAGGCACUUCCGGUGCUUGUAACGGAACAGGUACCUUACCCGGAAGGAUGCGACACUUACCUAGCAGUUGAUAGCGAGCAAAAUCGUACACUAGCCAGCAGGACUGGCUUAAAUUUAGCAUUCGAAACAACAUCAAAGGAAGAAAGCAACGCUUCCGCUAAGGACAUUCUUGAACAAGCGCUCAGCAAAGGAAUCGGUGGACAUCCCGUCAGCUCCAAGUUACGCGAUUGGCUUAUUUCACGGCAGCGGUUUUGGGGUACUCCGAUACCGAUUAUUCACUGUCCCAGCUGUGGUCCGGUUCCGGUACCGGAGCAAGAUCUUCCGAUACGAUUGCCCACGGAUUCCGUCGGAGUUCCGUUGGCACAGAACGUCCAAUGGCUAAGCGUAGCAUGCCCGUCCUGCCAGCGGACGGACUGUCGCCGGGAAUCCGACACCAUGGACACGUUUGUCGACAGUUCCUGGUACUUUCUGCGCUUCAUCGAUACGCACAACAAGCGGGUGAUGUUUGAUCGUGCACUAGCCCACCGCUUGAUGCCGGUGGAUCUUUACGUCGGUGGUAAGGAACACGCCGUGCUGCACCUUUACUAUGCCCGCUUCGUGGCUCACUAUCUGCAUAGUAAGGGGCUGCUUCCCAGCCCGGAACCAUUCAAGCGACUGCUCGUACAGGGUAUGGUGAUGGGUCGGUCGUAUCGGGUGGGUAGCAGCGGGAAGUACAUUCCAGCGGCGGAGGUUGAAGUGGUCGACGAGAAGCACAACCAAGCGAUCGAACGUGCGACCGGCGAACCGGUCACUAUGCUGUGGGAGAAGAUGUCCAAAUCGAAGCUAAACGGUGUCGACCCGCUGGACGUUUUGAGGGAGCAUGGUUGCGACACGCUGCGGCUGAUCCUGCUAGCGGACGUGGCACCGACUUCCCAUCGUAACUGGUCCGAAGCAACUUUCCCGGGUAUUUUGAACUGGCAGAAUCGACUCUGGAUGACGUUGCACGAUUUCCGGGAGCUGAGAGGAAAAAUCGAUCCCGCAACCACCAAACCUCCAGCAACGGAAGCGUUCACCGAUCACGAGCACAAACUGUGGGACGCUCGAAACUAUUUUACCGCUGGUGUGACCUUCAAUUAUCGGCAUUCGCAUCAGCUGAGUGUGGGCAUUUCGAAGAUGCAAGGGCUGACGAACGCUAUCCGGCGUGUACCGCCGGAUGUGGUCAUGUUCGGGCGACAGUACGAACGAGCCCUUGCCGCACAGAUCAUCAUGCUCGCCCCAAUGGCACCGCAUUUUGCCGCGGAACUGUGGGAGCAGCUCGCAACGGCACCGAACCGAGCGGCGCGGGAAGAUACGAGCGGUGAGCUGCGAUGGGACGGUACGGUGUUCGAUCAACGGUGGCCCGAGAUCGAUGACGAGUUCCCGCUCGAUCUUACAUUUAAGAUAAACGGUGCCGAAUGUUGCAUACUGAAAAUCCCUGCCAAGCGCUUCAACCAGCUCACGCACCAACAAUCGCUCGAUCUUGCCCUGCGCCAGGAACCGAUUGUGAAGCUGAUCGGCAAGCGACCACUGCGGACGAGCGAUUUCGUGCUGUAUCCAAGCUGCGAAGCCAUACUGAACGUAGAGCUCGAUCGGGCGGUUCUCGAGGACGGUGACGACACGCAACCCAGCAAAAAGGAGAAGAAGGACAAGAGGGCGAAAAAGAAAAAGUCUCUGCAGGUGCUCCAUCUGUAAUGGGCUGGUGAUGUGAUAAGCGAAGGAAACCCGCCACACGCGUACGAAGCGCAUUUUGUCGUGUGCUUUUAUUUUGCAUUUUACACAAUAAAGACUUGUUCGUAAAU